GCAGCUGGCUCCUCCUGGGCCUAAGGCCGGGUUUAUACCCAUCUCUUCUGCUACUACAGGUUUGCCAGGAGCUGUAGGGAGAGCCGGGACGCCUGGACCAGCCGGCCCAGUUGGACCCAAAGGGGACAAUGGCUCUGCUGGAGAACCUGGACCAAAGGGAGACUCUGGGCCAUCUGGACCUCCAGGACCUCGAGGCGUGCCUGGUCCAGCUGGCAGAGAGGGUCCAUCAGGGAAGCAGGGAAAUGUAGGACCUCCAGGCCCACCUGGCCCAAAAGGAGAGGCCGGGUCCAAAGGAGAAGCGGGUGUGGCCGGCACGCCUGGUUCUGCAGGGACACGAGGCCCCACAGGUGUUAAAGGAGAGAGAGGUGGCCCUGGUGAGCGCGGAGCCCCUGGGAAUGCCGGGGCCGCAGGACCUGCUGGAGCCAUGGGUCCGCCGGGUCCUCCAGGUGCCAAAGGGCCCCCAGGACUGAAGGGUGACAGAGGUGCUCCUGGGGACAAAGGAGCAAAGGGAGAGAGCGGGCUUCUGGGUAAGGUGGCAUCUGCCAGACUGGGGAGUUCCCACGGGGUGGGGGCAGGGGAGGAAGGUGGCGUUCUUUUUAUCGGGACAGCCUAUCUUCUCGGACUUUGGCUCCAUUAGUCACGGGGAGUGGUGGGAAGCAGGAAAGCUAGCAG